UUCCUUUACAAAAUGGAAAACACAGGGCACCGGUUGAAGGACAGGGCACAUGUAUUGUGGGCAGGAAGUUCGUACAUCCGCAGACACGUCGUAACACAUUGGCUGGGUAUUUAUAAAGAACGCAUCAAGGAAUAUAUUGUAGGUACUCUACUGGGCAGAACCUCAAGACUGCACCAUUUUAAUAGGUUUAAGGCGCCCAUACAGAGAUGAACGUUUGAUGGGCACAGUGUUGUGUAAUAACCUAAUACUGUAUGCAUUGAAGUUUUGAGCGCAUCGAUUGUGAAUUGUGACUGGUUCUUCCCUCGGUAAGGACAAGAUUGCAGUGUACAUUCACCAUGCCAAACACAACGUACAGCAAUACGCUGAACAAGAAGUCUCAAAAUCCAAGGUACAACUCGGAACUGUACGCCAGUAACGACGACCGUCAGAGAGAACUUAACCUCAAGGUUCUGGACCUGUACCAGAUGGCGUUCAGAACCAAACAGAGCGCGGACCAACAGUUCCUGGACAUCGGCUGUGGUACCGGAGACUUCACGCGUGACUGGCUUCUUCCGCGAUGCUCCCCUUGCCAAAGAAUCGUCGCUGUGGACGCUUCGGUGGACAUGUUGGCGUACGCUCGGACUCACUGCGCGCAUCCCCGCGUAGAGCACGAUUACCUCAACAUCGGGGAUGACGUGAGCGACUUUGCUAAAAAGUACGGCAAAUUCGACCGCAUCUACUCCUUCUUCUGCCUCAACUGGGUCAAAGACCAGGCUCGAGCGAUGAAGAACGUCUCGGCGUUGCUAACACCCGGUGGAGAGUGCCUGCUCGUUUUUCCCGCCUGGUCACCGACGAGGAUGCUUUGGAGGAAAGUGGCAGAGUUAGAACGCUGGAGAAAAUUUUCCAAGGUUUUCGAAAGUUUUGUUUCCCGAAGUCAGGACCUUGAGGAUGACGAUGCAAGGAUAUCUUACGUACGGGACAUCCUUCGUGGUGCCGACUUAGAGCCAAGCACCUGUGAGCUACUGUAUGUGCAGCCAAACUACAACAAACCAGAGGCACACAUAGACAUGCAGUUGUCUCUAAACCCCGCCUGGUCCAUGGCCACUGUCGAGGAACGAGAAGCUCUGAAGAACGACGUCACAACGGAGGUGAUGAAAUGGACCAAUGAGGGAGCAUACUGCGCGAGGCCAUCGCUUUACGUCAUACAUGCAAGAAAGUUUAAAAUAUAAACCCUCUCAGGUAAAUAUAUCGAAGUAGCCUAUAGCGCAUGUAAACAUUUGUAAAAAUGAGGCUCUUAUACGGAGCUGUUGGCUGAACAUGCCAGCAUCUGCUCUGUCAAAUGGUACGCCAGUGUGUGACAACCUAUCAGGUCAAGUAAAAUAGAAAUGCCCUCGUUCUGCAGCUUAGGCAUCACUACAACGUAGAGUAGUAAAUUAUUCAUAAGUUUUGUAUUAUAAUAGCACGAUGUAAAUGUAACCUACGUUUUAGCGGUUGACCAGUAAUGCUAAUAAAUGAACGUAUCGAAAUCAAAGGAAAGAAGGGGAGGGUGGAAGCUAGCGAUGAGAAAUUCGAGAACAGCGGAUGGCUUCUUGAUCCCACGUUUCAACAAGCGCUCUUGUCUUUUUCAAGGUUGCAACUGACUUCGUCCGCGUUUGUGUGUGUAUGCCUAAAUGUAAGUAGGGAUGUUUAGUACGCAUACUAAACCUCUGCAACUGUUCCUAUAGGAUAUUUUCAAUGUGUUUUUGUGUGCUAAACUGGAACAUCGUUAAAUAACUGUACAACUGUGGCCCCUGCCUGUAUAUUUGUGUACGUAUAGUUGCAAGCAAACAUGCUAAUGUUAGGUUAUGAACCAAUACGUUUAUAAAUUGUAUUUGUCUGACCAUAUUUUGUUUAAUAAAGUUCAUUUCAACCCAAUA